AUGCCUUUAUAUAAUGCUUCAAUCACAGUAACAGAAUUUGUUAUAGGUGGUUUUGACGAAACCAAAAGGCCUUUGUUAGUUGGUGUGGUUAUAUUGAUUACCUAUGUUCUAGCUGUUCUAGCCAACAUGGUAAACAUCCUUUUCAUUAUUUAUGACAGGAGAUUACACAAACCAAUGUAUGUUCUGAUUUGUAACCUUGCUGUUGUUGAUAUACUGUACAUGACCAGUGCCAGUCCAACAAUGAUUGGGAUUCUAGUUGGUGGUGUUAAUACCAUAUCGUAUGUGCCAUGCUUCAUUCAAAUGUUUGCUUUCCACUUGGGAGGGGUGAUGGAGAUGUUUGCUUUAUCGGUUAUGGCCUUUGAUCGACUGGUUGCUAUCAGUUAUCCUUUUCAGUACCACAGUUUUUUAACAAAUGCUCGUACUCUUGUCCUUGCGUAUUUCCUGUGGAUUUUUGCCUGUUGUUUUGUGGCUGUGUUGCCUGCAAGUUUGGUUCCUCUCCCUCACUGCUCCUCAACACUGAAGUACACUUUCUGUGACUACGCUGCCAUAAUGCGAACCACUUGUGUCGACCCCACUUACUAUUUUGGUAUGGUUACCAUCAUAUUAUUUUUUAUUUUAUUUUUCACUUUCUGUUUUAUUUGCCUGUCAUAUUUGGGGAUCAUAUAUUUUGUGAAAUUAUCCUCGAGCAGUGAUAAAAAGAAAAUAGGCACCACUUGUUUGAGUCACUUGAUUGUGGUAGCAUGUUAUUACUGUCCAUUAUUUAUCCGCAUUGUCCUGACCAGGUUAGGUGUGGAAUUAACUCUUGAGGCACGCCAUGGCUUAAUGAUCGGGGCCAUCCUCGGCCCGUCUCUUGUAAAUCCUUUUGUGUAUUGUCUUAGGACCAAAGAAAUUAGAUAUAAGAUCUUUAAGAUAUUCUCAAAAGUAGAGACAUCUCAGUAG